CCUAGAGUGAGGACAAAAUUAACUCCAUCAACGUUUGAUGCUGAACCAAGUAACUCAUCGGACAAUUUGGAAACUGGACCAAAUGUUGAUUUACAACCAGAGAAUUGCACUUUGACAGCUGAACAGGAGGAGAGGUGUUACGACCCAAAUGACACAAGGUUUACAUUCGUCGAUGGAGAAGAUCAAAUGGAUUUUGAGCUCAAUGACUACAAGUCUCUCAGAGCAAAGAUGUCCUGUGGUCAUACUGUGACUCCAACGUCUCUCAUCAACUGGUGUCGCAGGCAGCUGGACCAGGGUAAGAUGGAGUUUGUUUGUGGCCAACCUAAUUGUGAUGCUGUGUGGUCAUUUGAAGAGGUUUGCAAAAUGGCUCUGCUGACUCCUGCAGAAACAACAUACAUUGAUAAAAGAAUGUUCAAUAGAGUCGCCAAAGAAUACUUUGGUGCCAAAAAAUGUCCCGGCUGUGAGAGUUUAGUGGUGAGAGAGGACCAGAAUGACCUGAGGGUUUGCUGCACAGUGUGCACACGUAACAAAGCAAGGGCUUACGAAUUCUGCUGGCAGUGUUUGAAGAAAUGGACACAUCCAUCUGAACAUGCUGACCACUGUGCAAACCCUGAAUGUGUUAAUCAGCCACUGGAAAUCCUGAGAAAGUGUCCCGAGAUCACCUUAAAGGAUGUUAAGAUGGUGACCAGCUGUCCUCUGUCCGUGCCUGUCCCACCUGUGGGUUUGAUCGAGCACAGCACAAUUCACUGCAAAAGCAUCGUCUGUACCCGGUGUAAGAAGAAGUUCUGUUUUGUGUGCUUGAAGCUCUCUGCAGUCUGUUAUUCAUAUUACAGUGCUUGCACUGAUGGUGUCGCCCCAAGACAGACCUCUAUACCAGUAUGGAAGAGGAAAUAAGAUGACGUGUGAAAGAAUUAACA